GUGAACAGCUGCUGUCCCCAAUCCUACCAGUUAAUUUUGGAAAAUUAGGAAAAUUGCAAGAAAAAUUAAAAUAUCAAAAGUCUGGGAUGGCUUCUCACUCUGAGGUGUCGUCUCCGCAGAUGACCGAACAACUUGACAACGAGGAGGUAAGGGAGAUCCUAAAAAACACGACGGAUUUGCGACAGUACUCGAGACAGAUUGAAAAAGAGUUCAAGGAGGUGGAAAACAAAUCUAUUGAGGACUAUAUCGCCGAGUCCCAGAACAUAGCGAAUCUCCACAAUCAAAUAAACGAUUGUGACGAUGUCUUGGAGCGAAUGGAGAACAUGCUUAUGAGCUUUCAGAGCGUUUUAAAUAACAUUAGUACGGAAAUCACCCAGCUGCAGAGAAAGUCCGUAUCCAUGUCUCUUCAACUAACUAACAGGCAAUCGGUCAAGGCUCAGUUGUCGCAAUUUAUCGAAGACAUGGCUGUGUCCGAGGAAAUGAUCAACAUAAUCAUGGAAACACCAGUCACGGAACGUGAUUUUAGCACCCAGCUAAAUGUUUUAAACCACAAACUGUCUCUCGUUAAAGAGCUAAGCUUCAAGGAGUCCAAGUCCACCAGCGAUGUGAGCGACGUACUCCAAAAGCUGAGACUAAAGGCCAUGACUAAGAUUCGUUCGUACCUAUUGGAACAGAUCUACAAGUUUCGGAAACCCAUGACGAACUACCAAAUACCCCAAAAUGCCAUGCUAAAGCAUAAGUUUUUCUUCGAGUUCAUACUGUCCAAUGAGCGCCACGUGGCCCAGGAGAUAUGCAGCGAAUAUAUCGAUACGAUGAGCAAGAUUUAUUAUAGUUACUUUAAGAGCUAUUCCACGCGAUUGACAAGUCUCAAGUUCGAGGAAUCCUGCACAAAAGACGACUUGAUGGGCAUUGAGGAUAACGCUUCAAAAGGCUUAUUUUCCAAGACCACAAGCCUUAAGCACAAGAGCACCAUUUUCACAAUUGGAAAGAGGGGAGACAUUCUUAACCAGCAAUUGGAGGCACCAAUAAUAGUGCCUCAUGCCCAGCUAAAAAAUAGAUACACUGUUGAAGCUCUAUUCAGAUCGGAGCAGUACGCUCUUGUGGAUAAUGCCUGCCGAGAGUACCUUUUUGUCACAGAAUUCUUUAUGGUUCGCGGCACCCAAGCACAGGAUUUGUUUAACCAAAUUUUGGGAAAGACCUUAACGUUAAUGAUUAAAAAUCUAGAGACUUCCAUUCACGACUGCUAUGAUACUAUUGCCAUGUUUCUGUGUAUUCAUCUCAUAUUCCGGUAUCAAUUGAUGUGCCACAAGCGCUGUGUUCCUGCAUUGGAUAAGUAUUGGGACUCCCUUCAAUCGGUUAUUUGGCCCCGUUUGGAGCAUGUUUUUCGGCUAAACAUACAGAGCAUUCAUGACUGCGACCCCACAAAAUUCAACAAGGAAAUGGGUCCACACUAUAUAACUCGACGAUAUGCUGAAUUUAGUGCAGCCAUUGUAGGAAUCUCGGAACAUUUUCCCAACGAGCUAGUAAGCCGCUUACUUUUGGAGCUCCAAAAUGAAGUUGAGUGCUUUAUACUCCGCAUGGCCGCUAUCUUUCCCACCCGCAAAGAUCAGCUAAUUUAUCUGAUUAAUAACUACGAUUUAGUGCUGGGUGUACUGAUGGAGCACACCAGAGACAACUCAAAGGAGGCGGAAGCGUUCCGAGAGCAGCUAAAUGCACGAAGUGCAGAAUACGUGGAGGAAAUUUUGGCCCCCCACUUUGGCGGCAUUAUUCAGUUUGUAAAGGAGUGUGAACACUUUUUCGAAAAGGAGCAGAUGGACGAGCUCAGAAAACAAGAGCGAAGGAGCCUCGCCUUGGUGGCCAGCUUCUCGGCUAAUUGGAAAAAAUCUCUGGAGGAGCUAAACAGAGAGGUCCUUCUUUCUUUUCCCUCUCUGCUAACGGGUUCUCAGCUUCUCCAGCUGGCUUUGGCCAGUCUUGUGCAAUAUUACCAUCGGUUCCAUAAACUUCUCACGCCCAAUGCUCGCGCCCAGCUGACUAACAUCCAUGUGGUGAUGGUGGAGAUUAAAAAGUACAAGAGCAAUUAUUGAGCGGCGCUUUAAUUAGAUGUGUGUUUAGACUUCUGUGUAUUCCAAAUUGAGUAAUAUUCCAAAAUAAAUGUAUAUUUAAGUAAA